AUGUGGAACGACUGGUCCCUUGUUGAGUUUCUUGAGACUAAGAAAAGUCAAAUCCUGAAUAUUCUCAAGAUUCGUGGAAAAAGAUUUGCUAAAGAAAUUGAUGAUGUGGCUCAACGAGAUAUAAAGAAAGUGAAACUUGGAAAUGAUGAUGAAGAUAUUAACACACCUUCAAGAAUUAAAUUUGAAACUCAAUUAGAUUUAUUUUUGACUUCUCAUAAACUGAUCCUUACAUCAUAUAAGUUUGGUAUUAUAUUGUCUAAAGUUAUUUCUGGGUUUAAAUCCCUUAAAAAUACUCUUAAUAUAAGAUAUUCUGAGAUAGUAAACGAGAUCAAAACUCAUGAGAAAGAACAGAGGAUAUUAACUAGUCUAGGAAUAACUCUUAAGACUAUUACGAUGUACUGGAUUGAAAAGGAAAUUAUGUCAACAAAGGUAACAGAAUUCGUAGAUGAUCCAAUUUGUGAGCCAGUAUCUAAGAAAGCUGAUGCACUGGUCACAGACCUUAUAUAUAAUAUAGAUGUAAUGAAUAUGGAAUCAUCAGGAGGUCCAUUUCAACAAGAUAGAAAACAUACUUUCAAAGAUUCAGAAAUAUCUCUAAUACUGGAGUAG